AUGGCUGAACAGGCAUCAUCCGAAAAAAUAUUUACCAUUGAUGGAUUAAUACGACUUGGGCAUUAUACCAUUUUUUUAUGUAUUACAACGGAAUUUUUAGUUCUUUCACAACUUGGUAAUAUGUUUUAUAUGGUUUAUGCAGGUGCAGCACCAACUAUCAAAAGUUGUGGCGCGUAUAAAUUCAAUUCAUCAAUGAGUUCAUCUGAUAUUUGCAAACAAAUUUAUACUUUAGAUGGAAAUGAAACAUGUCAGCCUGAAUUGGAAUAUGAUUUUAAAUCAAUGAAUGUUGAGUUCGAAUAUGUAUGCCAUAAUUCAAAAUAUGUAAAGCAUAGUAUAUCAAUUCAAAUGAUUGGCGCUGUUAUUGGUUCACUUAUUUUUGGACAGCUCAGCGAUUUAUAUGGAAGAAAACCGGUACUAUUAUUUUGUGUUUCGGGUUGUAUUAUAUUUGGAUUUAUUUCGUCUUUUUCUAAAGAUUUACUUAUAGCUACCAUUUAUCGUACUAUUAUCGGACUUUUUAAUGGUGGACAAAUAGCUGCUAUGUUUGUAUAUGUGGUAGAAAUGUUACCAAAAAAGGAUCGUAUUUGGGUUACAACGCUCAUUUCAUUUUCACCAAAUGUAAUUUUAUUAGCUAUUAUGGCAUAUUACAGUCAAAAUUGGCGACAAUUAGCAAUUGUCGUCAGUUUUUUAACAUCACCAGCUAUUCUUCUUUGCAUUUUAUCGUAUGAAUCACCACGUUGGUUAAUUCAAAAGGGACGUAUCAAUGAAGCACAUCACGUGCUAAAACAAAUUACACGUUGGAAUGGUAGAAAUGAUGUUACGAAUGAUAUGAUCGAGAAGGUUAUUGAUGCAGAGAGAGAGAUAUUACGUGAAAAGAGAAAUAGAAAAAAUUACUAUAUUUAUCAUUUAUUUCAUACACGCCAAUUAACCACGUAUAUUUUGGUUUUAUCUUAUAGUUUUUUGGCAGCAAGUAUGAUAAAUUAUGGUAUGCUAUUCAGUAUGGAAAAAUUGCCUGGUUCAAUUUACACAAAUAAUAUUAUGCUUGGUUUAAUAAGAUAUGCGGUAAAUGUUGCUUCAGUACUUACCGAUUAUACACAAGGAUGGUUUGGUCGACGAGUUGCGCAUACAGUACCAUUAGCAUUGACAUCAAUUGGAUUUAUUAUUCAUUUCAUUAUUAUUUGUUCAGGACUUAGUACUGAGCUGGAAAUUGUUUCACGAAUUGCAACACUGAUGGCAUUUGCAAUGAUGAGUCAAAUUUAUAUAAUAACUGGAAUGUCCGGAAAUGAACUGUUUCCGACACCAUUGCGCAGUAUGUGCUUCUCGUUUUUGCAAGUUGUCGGUCGUAUUGGUGUGGUUUUCGCUCCUCAGUUGUUUUUCCUGGCUGACUUUUGGACACCUGCGCCUUUCGUUGCACUAAUUAUGUUUGCUUUAUCUGACUUAGUACUUUAUCUUAUCUUUAUUCCGGAAACAAAAGAUCAACCACUUCCCGAACGUUUGUCAACUACUGCUAAUACAAUAUCUUCACAACUUCAAACCAAACAACUGAUGAAUUCAUGA